CUGAACAGCUUGCAAUCAAAGCUUUGUGAGGCUUAAGCAGAUGAAACGAGCAUUGUCAGUGGCGAGGAGAGGGUUUCUGCAGCAAGGUACUGUAAUAGCAAGUGCCAUUUUGUGCAGACUUCAGCUGUUAAAGCAACACAAGUAGUGUUUCUUUUCUUAUCAUUCAUAUUUUACCCACCUGUAUUUAGAUAUGGAAAAGGGUGUCAAGAACAAAUUUAUACUAGGACUUAAAGGGUCUUUAAUCACAAACACACUGUAAUAGUCAUGCGGUGCUAAAACUAGUUGUUGACCAUCAACCAAGCAGUGGAAAUAUCAAGAGACAUGAUCCUAGAAUAGACAGACACCUCCAGCUGCCACCUUUGUGUGAAAAUCUUUCCCUGUUGCUUGAGCAGACAUGUGGGGAGAUGAGGACUGUAGCCUCUCCCAUACAAAGGGAAGUCAUAGCUUAGAUCUAGGGGGACACUCUAAGAUGUUUAGACCCUCGUGUAGAAGUUCAAGUCCAUUUUCUCUCACGGAUCUCGACAUGUGGGACACCAAAUCUCGCUUUACGGCCCAGACCUCAGCAUGGUGUGGUAUGGCAACUGUCUCUGGGACAGGGUUUAUGUCCAAAGUUAGCACAAGCACAUCUGGGAGCACCGGUGCCUUCAGACAGAACGACCCAGGUCUAAGGAAGUGGCAAUCAUUGUCCCAUCUGACGCCAGAGACUCCUACACGAUCCUUUCCUCCAUCUCCAGGGGCCGAAUUAAGGGCUGCCCGAGGUGCAAGUAGCUUUAGACAAUCAGAGGUGGGGCAAUGGCUGCAGGAUGCUCAUGAGCGUCUCGACACUCAGCUGGAACGUCUGACAACUAGAAAUUCACAGCUGAGAUACAACAUAAGUACAGCACAACUGCUAGACAUGAAACACAAACUGCCAGAGGUAGUGAGUGCCCUUGAGCAGGAGAGGGAGGUAGCUGAAUUAUCCCAGUUUGAAAAGAGCCGGGAACGUGGAGAGCUCCAUGAAAAGGUCCUACAGCUGGAAAAGGACCUGAUGCAAAUGAGAUCUAAUUUAGACAGAGGAAGCAAUGAUCAACCAACCGAAAGAACUGGAUCAUCACCGGUGAAUCAAGAAGACUUUAACAGGCAGGAGAGGCAGAAGGUUGAUACAGAGUUAUGCAAGCUGAGAGAGGCUCUGAGAGAUGCUGAGGCGAGGGCAAAGACUCAAGAAGAAGAACGAAACCAGGCAAUCCAGAAACUACAGACAUCCACAGAGACACAGAGGGCGCUGUUGAACCAAAUAGAGGAGAUGAACCAGAAGUUUAGUCACACAAGACUAAAUCACUCUGAAGUGCAACAACAGCUGAGUGAAGCUAACAACAAGAUCAGUGAAGCAUGCCUGGAAAAAGCCAUCUUGUCGACUCAAGUAUUGAAGCUACAGGAUGAUAUAAGGGAACUGAAGGCCUCAAAAUGGCCUCAAUCUGACAAAGAUCAUCUGAUUCAGGAGAAAACAGAUCUGUACCAGACGUCCCAGGUCCUUGGGACAGAGGGUUGUGGGGUCAUUCAGGAUCAGGACAACAAACAAAAUCAGGACACUGCUCUGACGAAGGAACAAUCAAAGGAUCUCAGAGAGGAAAAUGAAGAGCUGACAAGUGAGCUUGAAAUGAUUAAGCAGAAAUUGAAUACAUCAGAGUCUCAGCUACAGGAAAUAACAGCCGAGAGGGUCACCAACUCCAAACGGGUCACAGAUUUGGAGGCAGAAUGCUCUCAGCUGAUCAGAGAAAAAGAGGAACUGUUGAGUAAAAUGAAUGAAGGUCGACAUGAGGAGCUAACAGAGAUUAAAGAAAAAUACUGCCAGCUAAGGGAAUCUGUGGAAUCUUUGGAAUUAGAAAAAGUGAAACUGCAGGAUCGCUGCUUGGGUUUGGAGGCCGAGGUCCUUGAGAAGGAGGAGAAGCUACACCUGUGCAAGGAAGAGUAUCAGAAACAAGACGCAGUAAGAGUUCAGAGCAUAGAUGAACUAAAAGCUGUGGUCACACAUUGGACUGAAAAAUGGCAAAAGGCGGCGUUGACCUUGCAGUCGACACAAGAAGAGCUAGAGCAACUCAAAAAGAACAAAUCCAGAAAUGAGCUCCAAGCAGAAACAAAUCUGACAAGUGAGAUUGAAAAACUUAAGAGAGAGGGCCAGAAAGACAAAGAGGAAAUUGAGAAUCUGCAGCAGCACAAAGCUAAUAUGGAGGCAGUGCUGACCAAAGCCAAGAAGGAAUCCAACUCCCUGCUGAAGGUUGAGCUUGAUGCAUGCAAGCAAGAGCUGGAGCUGGAAAGGAACAGGAGCCAGGCACUGCUUCACAGAUAUGGCGAAGCCUCAGUGCAGACUCGGGACAAAGAAACGGCGACAGACUUAUCACAAUCCUCUUUGUUAUGGGAGCCACCAUCACACUCCUGCAGCAGCCAAAACAAACCCCCUCAGGCUUCUGAAAGGGGUCAAGAUGAUGAUGAAGGCCAAGCAAGUGUCCCACCCAAUGACUCACUGAGCACUCAGCCAAAAGAGAGCAAGAGGAGGGCGAACCAGCUGCAGCAGGAGAAAACAUUGGCAGUCCAGAAACUUCAAACAUUUCGGCAGCUUUACCAAGUUAAAGAUGAGAAACCAUCUGCUGAAGCCGGAAAGGAUAAAACGGUCAGUCCAGUUCAUCUUGAGGCGGAGCAGCAGAGGAGGAUGGUCACUGAGCAGUUAAAGAGUCUUUUUAAGGAGCGAGAGGGAAAGGAGGUGGGAAAGGUUGACAGCAGACCAGCUCCAGCUCAGACAGCAGCGUCCUCACUACAAGACCGGACUCCAGCAUCUAAAGUUAUGAGAGGUUCAGUGGACAGGAGGAGCUGGCAGCAGGGCUCAGGUUUGAUGCCAGUGUUUGAAGAGGACGAGGAGAACAGUGACUGGCCAGGAGAGGAGGUUCCUACUGAGGAAAAUGUCCACAACCAAAACCAACAGAUGUCAGCUAUGAGUGCAGAAAUCAGCAGCCUGAAGGCAAAACAUGUGAAUCUGCUGCAAGCGACAGUAGAACCAAACCUGUCUCACUGUUCAGAUGAGACCGACCUGCAGAAGAAGAGUGCACCUUCCCUCUAUCCUGAUGGCAUAUUCCUGGCUGAGCUUGUAGAUAUCUGUAGCCCUGAUGAAGAUGAAGAGGACUCAUGAGGUGUUCUCAUUGGGUAAAAACAUACUAUAUACAGGUCUAUAAAUUGACCAUUCAUUACAGGGUGCUGCACCAGCCAACGUUGUGCCUUAUAGCUUUUACUGAAUGUUUUUGUACUCAAAAUAAAUGUAAUGACUAACUUCCAUUAGCAAUUUAAAGAGAAUAUUUUGCAAAUGUCUGAUAUCUUGUAGGUCAAUCUAGCAGAAAAUCAGAGUGGUGAUGAGUAAAAUACAAUGCGACAACAACAAAAAUGUGAACAUUCAUACCUCAGACAACAGUGUUAAUAAAACUCAUCAAGCUUCC